ACUGCGCUGAAAGUCACUAAAGUUGGAUGGCACCGUAAAAAUCUCAAAAUUUUUGUGAUUUAUCUUCGAUAGUGACGCGAUUUCGUCAUUGCUAAAUGAUUUUAUGCUGCGUUGCAACCGAACUUGAGUGAUUGUUGUUACCGGCUUUACCUGAGGUGAUAAGGAUAAAUUUACCGCUGAUGCAUGAAAUACAACGCAACCAGGACUGACUUCCCUUUAAACUCAUACAGAACAUGACAUCAAUAGCAAACAGGGCAAUGAGUUUGUAAAGGAUUAAACAACAGCACAGUGGCUUCACCUUCAGGCCGCUCAGAGUACUGCAGCAGCCGAUCUGCUUCAUGGCCACGGCUCCAGACGUCUGCAGUACGUAUGACUGUUACAAUAAGAUAAACGUACAAUCAGGAGGCAGUGAGGUGACGCAAAAGACACAUGAGAUGGAGGUCAGAAGUCACCUGAUAACUCCAGGAGCUCCCGAGCUGCAGGUCGGUAUGGACAGUAAGCACCGUGCCGAGCGGAUGAUAGAGCUGCAGGAGAGACGCAGAAGCCUGCAGACGCUACUGAACACUCGACUGGCAGAUCUGAGACGCUUGUGUCUGCAAGAGGCGGAACUGACAGGUGAAGUUCCUCAUGAAUAUCCUUUAGAAACCGGAGAGAAACCUCCCCACGUGCGACGUAAAUCUGCUUUGUCCCGCAGUGCUUCCAAACAUAACGCCAAAAAUGAGGAAGAGGACGUCUCUCAGCGCAAGGCAAAGAAAACUCUGUUUAGUGGCGCCCUCCGCAGGCACGUUGAUUCAGAGCAACAUCCUUCACAUGGCAAAAGAACAGUUCAUAGAGGAUGCCACACAGAUAACACGGUGAAGUCAGAGAGCAGCUCCACAUCAGAUUCAACCAAUCAGGACACUGAAGAUGUCUCUGACAGAUUGUCGCCCUCGCGCACCCGGCACGUCUCAGACAGCCCAGACAGCAGAUUUUCUCGAAAACUCUCACCUGUGGAAAUCUACUAUGAAAUAAAAACCCGCCGCAGUUCAGUGGCGAGCUCAGCCAGCCCGAGUCAUUCUCUUACAAGGAGUGUGUCAAAUUUGGAAGGCAGAAGUGUACCAGCAACUCCACUCCUAUCCCGAAACGGACAAACAGGAGCACACAUCAGGUCAGAAUCCUCCAGCGCCACUGCUCCUGUGAAGCAGUGGUCAGAUAACCCAGAGGCGUCCCAACCGGCGCCUUCGCAGUCUCAGGAUCCCCCAACCUCCUCAGGGUCCUACGAGCAGGGUCCGCAUGGCUCCCAAACACGACGCAGCAACAGCUCAGAGACGCUGCUCGACCGGAACGGCACCGCGGCCGAAGAGGGAGGUCAAAGGUCGGGAGUGCCCGUGCGAAACGGCUCGUACAAGAGCUCGGAAGCACAGAUGGAACAGGCACAGUGGAACAACCCCGACCAGCAGAUCAACGGACACGCAGAACUGGGCCGCGUUCGCGCGAGUCGAGCAACGAACGCAGGUGGCGGUUACAGUGAGAUCCUAAUGGAUUACGUUUGGGGAAAGCAGCAGAAGAUGCAAGCCCACCGACAGCAAAGACUGCAGAACGGUUCAAAAACGAGGGCGUGGCCAGAGGGUUCCAAUGCUCCGCCCCCUCCCUACAGGAAUGGGAUUCCACAAUCCCAGCAACUCAUUUUGGGCACUGGCCCUCCGGCCUACAGCCCUCUAAUGUUGAGGGGGAAGCCCGGCGAGCCGCGGAGGGUCAAAGUGAGUCGCACAAAGUCCUGUGGCCCGUUUGUUCCCCUCCAGCAACACCAGCAAGAAUCCAUCAUGCUCUCUGCUUAUACAGACAUACCCGCAUCCAACGUUACGCAUAACCAGCAGAACGACCACCCUCACAGACCGCCCUACUACCCGUUUGAGUCGUCUGCCCCCACGACUCCCGAUGACCCCACACGCAGCCUGCACAAAGCCCUGGCGCUGGAGGGGUUGAGAGACUGGUAUCUGAGGAACGCGCUGGGUCAGGCGGCCAACGGGGGAAAGGGAAAAGACGGGACGCAGACGCAGCGCCGCCGCACCACAUCCUCGCUGCACGGCUCCCACCCGCAACCACCCAUCAAACACCAAACACAGUCAUUCCAGGGAGACACGGUUUAUCCACAACUGCCCCAGUCGGCCACGUUUCAUGGUCAUCCGCUACACACCAGGACGAUGGAGCGUUCUACGUAUCAAGAUACCUUUUCAUCUAAAAUGCAGGAUGUGACACUUAAAGAGACUGAAAGACCCGGUCCAGGCACGCUGGUCUAACAUGCAAACAAACCAAACCCCUGCACACACACACAGACAUGGGCUCAUCUCAUCAAACACAGAGACUAAAGCAAACACCAGCUUGUGUGUGUGUAUGAAAUGACAAAAUAGCAGAAAGACUUUUUGAUUCUCUUGAUUAAAUAAUUUUGACAGAAAUCAGUCCCACCUUCCUUUUAGCUACGUUUUCAUAGGACCCUUUUGCAUGGGAUCAAGCUGUCAUUUUAUUUGUGGACUUAUGUUAAACUUCCCUUACAAUCAACAAAAGUGGCAGCAGGUUCUGCCAGAGGUUAAAUCAAAUACAGACCGCUAACGUUUGUCAACACAUUCCCAUUAGCAGGAACAAUUUCUAUGCCGUUUUUGUUUCAUGGACCGUUCUCAAAAAGCUUUGUCCCUGUUUUAUUGUUUUAUUAUGAAAUCAUAUUUCUAUGCAAAAUACAAUCAAAAAGACAAAACCCGUGAUUAAGAAAACCCAAGCCGAAUAUUAAACUUUAGACUGUUAGAGAGCUAAUUCCUGCAUUCAAAAUCACAUACUGAAUUAAAUGAAGUAUCUACACUGUUAAAAAAUGCAGCAUUUUGUCAAAUAAACAUAUAUAUUUUUAUGUUACUUUAACUUUAACAAAUUAAGUUAAACAAUUUCAACUUCUUUUUAUACUUUUAUGUCAACCUAUCACAGGUAUAAAACUUCAAAUAAUAGGUUGAAUUGACUUGUCAUGCUGCAUUUUAACAUCACGCCAAAACAGUAGGUUCUUAUAACGGAUGAAUAUGGGUAGUGUAAAUGGCAUACUACUACUACGACAAAUUUGGACAUACUACUCACCUCGCCUACUGAUUUUCGCCUACUAUAUAGUAUAAAGGUAGACGAUUUUGGACGCAGCAAAUUACUAGUAUUUAAUAAAAUGUAUAUUUCUGUAAUCUUUAUUGUUUAAUUUGAAUAUGGAAGAAUAUAAAGAUGCUCAUUCAGGGUGAUGUCAUUAAAAAUGGCACAACGGUCGCUGUGCGGCUCAAAAUAUAUCUGUAUCACUCAUGGUCUCUAUAACCUCAGGAUUAAUGAUAUACUUUACCAGUAUUACCAAACGCAAUGUUGAAGAAGACACAAUAUAGCUAGAUUAAAGAGACAGUUCACCCAAAAAUGAAAAUUCUGUCAUCAUUUACUCAUAUAUUCACAUAUUUAAACAUAUUUGUAAUGAAGCAGGAAACAGAAGCACCAUUGACUGCCAUAGUAAGAAAAAAUACUACUAUGGAGGUCAGUGGUGCUCAAAAACAGUUUGGUUCUCAAAAUUCAUUUACUUAACCCUCAAAUGAUAAGUUUCUUUGUUCUGCUGAACACAAAGGAAGAUAUUUGUAAUAAAGCAGGAAACAGAAGCACCUUUGACUUCCAUAGUAAGAUAAAAUACUGCUAUGGAAGUCAGCGGUGCUCAAAACAGUUAGGUUACAAACAUUGCUCAAAAUUCACAUACUUCAUCCUCAAAUGAUACGUUUCUUUGUUCUGAUGAACACAAAGGAAGAUAUUAUGAAGCGGGAAACAGAAGCACCAUUGACUUCUAUAGUAGUAUUUUUUCCUACUAUAGAAGUCAAUGGUGCUUCAGUUUCCUGCUUCAUUAGUCAGUGGUGCUCAAAAACGGUUUGCUUAAAGUUAACUUUUCUCCCCCUCAUAAAUUUCUUUGUUUUGCUGAACACAAAGAAAGAUAUUUGUAAUAAACCAGGAAACAAAGGCACCAUUGACUUCCAUAGUAAAAAAAAGUCAGUGGUGCUCAAAAAUGGUUUGGUUACAAACAUUGCUCAAAAUUCAUUUACUUAACCCUCAAAUGAUAAGUUUCUUUGUUCUGCUGAAUGUAAAGGAAGAUAUAAUGAAGCAGGAAACAGAAGCACCAUUGACUUCCAUAGUAAAAAAAUACUGCUAUGGAAGUCGGUGGUGCUCAAAAAUGGUUUGGUUACAAACAUUGCUCAAAAUUCAUUUACCUAACCCUCAAAUGAUAAGUUUCUUUGUUCUGCUGAAUGUAAAGGAAGAUAUAAUGAAGCAGGAAACAGAAGCACCAUUGACUUCCAUAGUAAAAAAAUACUGCUAUGGAAGUCGGUGGUGCUCAAAAAUGGUUUGGUUACAAACAUUGCUCAAAAUUCAUUUACUUAACCCUCAAAUGAUACGUUUCUUUGUUCUGCUGAAUGUAAAGGAAGAUAUAAUGAAGCAGGAAACAGAAGCACCAUUGACUUCCAUAGUAAAAAAAUACUGCUAUGGAAGUCGGUGGUGCUCAAAAAUGGUUUGGUUACAAACAUUGCUCAAAAUUCAUUUACUUAACCCUCAAAUUAUAAGUUUCUUUGUUCUGCUGAAUGUAAAGGAAGAUAUAAUGAAGCAGGAAACAGAAGCACCAUUGACUUCCAUAGUAGUAUUUUUUUCCUUCUAUAGUAGUCGAUGGUGUUUCUGUUUCCUGAUUCAUUAGUCAGUGGUGCUCAAAAACGGAUUGCUCAAAAUUCAUUUACUCCCCCUCACAUUAUAAGUUUCUUCUUUCUGCUGAACACAAAGGAAGAUAUUUGCAAUAAACCAGGAAACAGAAGCACCAUUGACUUCCAUAGUAAGAAAAAUCCAUAGUGCUCAAAAACGGUUUGAUUAUAAACAUUUCUCAAAAUAUCUUCCUUUGUGUUCAUUAGAACAAAGAAAUUUACACAUUUCUAACAGGGCGGUGAGUAAAUGAUGACAGAAUUUUCAUUUUUGGGUGAACUACAUCUUAAUAAUCCCAUUCCUGCAAAAACCGUACAACGUCUGAGGUUAAUAUAACUCCAAAAUCAAAAGAAAAAUUGAAAAAGAAAAAAGUUGCAUGAAUAUAUACAUAUUUCAAUAGUAUUGUUAAUGCAUCAUUAAUAAGGGUAAUGAGAAUAGUCAUUAAGAAUAAUGAGAAAAACAGGCAAACUCAAAAAUAAAAUGUAAAUCCACACAUAAUAAUGAGAAUCUGUAGGAAGCGUUCUUGAUUUAUAUUAAAAUAAUGCAAAAAUGUGUCCCUAAAAUAGGUUAUUUACUAGAAAAUAAUUUAGCUUCUUUAGAUUUUGGGAUAAAAUGUCAAGAUUUCUAUAUAAAGACCACUAGAAGGAGCCCAUUCAUCGUGUUUCGGGUGUUUUCUGAAUCUAUUCAACUCAACGCUCUUUGCAGAUGUAUGCAAAACACACUGCCAGGUGCAGCUCUCGUUACAAGAAUAACCAGUUUCUUGUGUAUACAAUCUUAAUUGCAAUUGUAAGUUGCACAUGUCAAUAUUCACUGCACUUCUUAGUAAUUAAAUUGGAUGUAAUGAAAAAGACUAAUUAACUAAUUUGGGAACCAUCAUUUUCCUACAUCCUUAUUUUAGGAUUUCAUUUAUUUGAUGUAUUGUGAUACUCAGAAUGUGGCAUGGCAUAGGAUACCAGUGCCAGGAUGCCAAUUUUUGACCAUUGUGCCUAGGAAAUACAAGCGGUGGAGAAACAAUGACUUAUCAUCACAAUGUGUAUUUCUGAAAUACAAAAUAAGGGGCCUGCUUAUAAAUUACCAUCUCAUUUUAGUCUCUCUUUAGAUUAAGAAUGAAAAACUAAACAAAGAAAAAAUGAGUUUGGAUUGCUGGCUAAUCCACUCUUAAUAUUAUGGUCUGCUAUAUUUCUUAUAGUGGUGGUGUUAAAACCAGAAACACUUUACAAUAAGGUUGUAUUUGUUAACAUUAGUAAAUGCAUUAGUUAACAUGACAAAGUUAUUUGUGUCAUUUCAUGGUGCAUUAAAGGUGCAGUGUGUCAAUUUUAGAAGGAUAUUUUGACAGAAAUGCUAAAUAAUAUACAAAACUAUAUUAUCAGUGGUGUAUAAAGACCUUUCAUAAUGAACAUAAUGCGUUUAUUACCUUAGAAUGAGACGUUUUUAUCUACAUACACGAGGGUCCCCUUACGUGAAAGUCGCCAUUUUGUGCCACCAUGUUUCUACAGAAGCCCUUAACAGGCAAUUUGUUUCCAACGAUGGCAUGUUUGUCAGGUGAUGGCUUCCGUAGCUUCUUUGUGUGUUUCAUAAGCGAGGGGUGAGCAGUGGACUGAGCCGUUGGUUGCAAUUCACAACAUUACCACUAGAUGCCGCUAAAAUUUACACACUGCACCUUUAAGUAAUGUUACAACUUUUGAUAAAAAAAUUUACUGAUAUUAACAUGAACUAAGAUUAAUAAAUGCAGUAGAAGUAUUGUUCAUGGUUACUGUAGGUCAUGUUAGCUAAUGCAUAACUAAUGUUAAAAAAUACAGCUUUAUUGUAAAGUGUUACCGAAAACCCUUUGCUUUACCAGUGCAUGCAAAUGUCUGUUAGCUGUUCUUUAUUUCCUCUAAAACAAUAUUGCUCCUCUUCUUUUUAUUAUCAGUGACAGCAUUAUAUGUAGGUAACUUGAUGUAGCUUGGACAUUUAUAUAUCUGUAGAAAUGCACUGACAUUUGAGCUUAUACUGAAGCAAUGGAAAUCUUCUCAGACGCUGAGCGCAAUGCUCAAUCUUGUCCCCAAAUGCUGCCAUGCUCGUCUCAGGACUACACAGAAAGCUGCUUUGAUUGUGGUCUGUCCAUUUUGAAGUCGACAACAUUAGUACAAUUUUCCAACUUUACCACAAGUGACACAUGAGAAGGUUACUGGGUGUUUUAUUUUAGAUAAUCUAUCAUUUUACACUUAUAAUGAAAGAUGAAGAUCUUCUGGAAAGGAUAGGAAUGGUUACACUAUUUUGUUUUUGAUUAAAGAAGGUCAUGAAUAAACAAAGAUGGUUUAAAGUUGUAACGCUGAAGGCAAGUAAAACCAAUGACGUUUGUAAUAUCUAUUUUGCUUCUAUAUCAUGGUACCAAAUGUUAACCCAUUUUGAAUCAUCCUUUGAGAUUGUACUGUAUAUUUCCACUUUCAUUUAAUUCUGUAUUUCAGACUUUUCCCUUGUUCAGUUUGUAAAUGUUAUUUCUCUGCUCACGUGUGUUUUAUCAAUUCUGUAUGAACACUUUCCAAAUUGUAUAUAAUUCGCUGUUCACUCGA